GAAGGAUUCUCGAGCUAGCUGUUGGUGCGCUUCUCUUAAUAUUAGUGUUACUACUGUGUUCCUAAAGUUCCUUUGUCUUUACUUGGACAUGCCCAUCCACAGACAUAUAAAAAAUGUCGUUCACAAUUAUACAGAUGCUGAAAGAAAGGUUCGGGAAGCUACAUCGAACGAUCCAUGGGGUCCUAGCAGCACUUUAAUGGCCGAAAUAGCUGACAAGACUCAUAAUGUUAUGGCAUUCACGGAAAUAAUGCAAAUGAUUUGGAGAAGACUCAAUGAUAAGAGUAAAAACUGGCGACAUGUUUACAAGGCUCUUGUUCUUUUGGAAUACUUGUCAAAGACUGGUAGUGAUAAGGUCGCUACUCAGUGCCGAGAAAAUAUCCACUCAAUAGAAACGUUACGAGUAAGUUCUACGUAGUUCACAUAACCAGCCUCGUUUCCAAGUCCUAUUUCUGAUUAACUUCUCGAUUCAUUCGAAACUUUAAACCUAGGAGAUUAAUAUAGGAGCCAAAAUAUCCAAAUGAUUUUAUGUGAACCGAGUUUCAUCUCAUUAACUAAUUAGAGACACCUAUCGUUGUUUACGUAGUUUUAAACAAUAUGACGUCUUUACGUGAGCCACUGAUUAUUUUCAACUAUCUAUCUCACCUUAUGUUACUAUUAAAAUGAGCAAGAUUAUAAUUUAUGGGCUACCUUUAAGCGAUACUAAAGUGGAUGUGAGACACUAACCAUUUACAAGUGUAAAAGUGGGGUCACAAAGCGGUAUGAAGAAUCGGAUCUAGGGGUUAUAAUAAGAUUUUGGGUUUAGGUAUCAAAGUUAGUGUGACACUAGCUGUAAUCCCGAAAUGCCAUUUAACCCUAUGGAUGAGUAAAUUCCGUGCAAGAACCCAAAUGUCUCUGUCUCGAAUCAGAUUGGUUCGUCCAUUCAUUAUGGUUCAUUCGCCUGAUUGUAAAAGUUUUAGGAUAGUCUAGCACUUCUGAAUAUUCGUCUGAGAGAUCUAAGAAAUCACUUCACUUCUGUCAAACCGGUUGUCGUCAUAUUUCGAGAUAUGUCAGAUCAUAUGUUAGCUUGCUUGAAUAACACGUAUCUAUGGGUGACGGCAAAUAUAGAUUGUCUAUGGAUAUAAGUAAAUAUAUGUUUGUGGUUGGUGGAUGCAAUUAGGUUGUACUGGACUAAGCUCUCAUCUAUUUGUUAAGGAACUUCGCAUAAAUCUAUGACAUCAGACAGAAAUGGUGGGUUAACUGAUUAGACCUUGGAUCUCCAUUGACUGAACUGGAUGUGUCAUGUUUUACUUUUUUCCAACCACUGUUUACGUAGAAGCAUGAAUGAUUUAGGGAAACCUAGAGGCGUCUUUGGAUUCAACAUCAGUCUAUGAAGUCAUUGACUGUUGAGUUAGGUCGUGUUGGCAAACACAGACUACCUAGAGUCUACUAGAUAAUUAAGAUCAGCAGCCGGAGACAUUGGUCGACUUGACCCGAAAUUGAUCAUAGUAGCGCAAACACUCACAUUUUACCUCCUUAAUCGUAGGUUUCACUACUCCACACAUACCUUCACAACAUCCAUUCUUUCGAAGCACGUUUCUACUCCUUAGUCGUUUUCACCAUUGUUGAUAAUGCCAUUUACUUUUUAAAUUCAUUUCAUUGUGCUGAUGUGUUAUAGAACAUUAAUCAUGAUCAGGAUAAUGAGAGCAUUAAAAUACAUGUACUAUCUUAAUUACUCUUAUAGUAAAGUAAAACGUAUGGUAAUACUAUAUAAAUAUAUGAUUCUUUGUUACCAAUUUUUCUCAUCUCUUAUUGUUUACUGAACCUUUCAUUAGGUCCAGAAACACUUGAAAACUGCCUGGUACUAACAGUAGUGUAAUCUUUAUGUAGUUCUCACCCAAUAAGAUCUUUCUUUGGUAUAUUGAUUAGGUUUUUUUUUCACAGUUUGUUGGCACUUGUUCUUCCAUAUCCUUUUCAAAAGAACAUAUCUUUGCAGAUACCUCUAUAUAUGAAUUUAGUACUUCAGUUAAUAUGCUGUUUGGUCUUGCCAUUCUUGAUUUGCCUGAUAGCCUUAAUAAUUCUGUGUUAUACAUCAUCUAUAGGAAGGUCUGUGCGCUGCUUCAAUGUCGUGGCUUCAACGAGUCUGGCCUACUCAACAGCACUUCAAAGUGUUCCAUCAACCAGUUCUGCUGCUCUUCAACCUCAGUGAUUGGGCCUUUUUCUUCUUCUUCUUACUUUUUGUUCCCGGUUCACGUGAACUGGCAGGACUUUGAGUGUGUUGAGGAUGGGAAAGAUCGUGGUAAGAAUGUCCGUGAGAAAGCUCGUCAUUUGAGUACGCUUCUUAGAGAUGAGGAACGUUUGCACGAAGAACGUACAAAGGCUCUACUAGCACGUGACCGUUUGAUGCAUGGGGGUUUGGGAACUACGGCUUCUGCUGGAGAUUCACCGGUUAAAUAUGGUGUCCCACCAUCUGGUCGUAGUAGCUAUCCUAUUGGAUAUUCUGGCUCCAACUAUUUUGAAAAAGGAACCUUGCCUUCAAAAUCUGUUUCUCAUGCCGCAACUGAAUUAGAUUCCGUUAGACCUCAAUCUGCCGGAGAAGAACAAUUACAUCUUCAACUUGCUCUGGCUAUCAGUAAAGAGGAACAUGAUCGAGAAGAACGGCGGAGACGAGCUGAAGAAGCUAAAGAAGAAGCCAAGGUACAAAUGGUAAUAGAGCAGAGUCGUCGAGAAGAACAGAAGGAUAAGUCAGGUAAACAUUCAGUUUCCAAUAUUCCUUCUGGAUCUAGUAGUGCCUUUGAGCCACCAAGUUGUGCUCCUAGUGGUGGAUUAUUCAAUUUAGUUGAUACUUCUUUAUCAGUUGCACCAGCUCAUUUACCGGAUCCAUGGUCUGCUCCUUUAGCAGUUCCGAGCAGUUCGUUAAAUAAUAAUACAUCAUCACCUUCUCCAUCCACAUCAUUUAAUAAUACCAAUAUACCACAGUCAACUUUUCCACUUAUCCCUAUUGAUGAUCCUUGGAGCCCGAAAAAUCAACCAAAUAUUACAACACAUUCUACAGCAAGUAAUUCCGAUGAAAUGUGGAAUUUGGAAUCAACCUUAGGUGCUACAUUACCGUCCACUUCUAAUACAAACACUGAGUCAGUUAUUUCUAACCAUCAUCAUCAUACCAACAGUGGUAGCAAUCUCAAUAAUAACAAUGGGCAUUUUGAUUUUGAUUUGAAUGGAACUUCAAACAAUAUGAAUGAUCAAUUUCCGCAGCAGUUUCAACAGCAGUCCACUUUUCAAAAUGCACAAACAUCUUUAACUAUAGAACAACAACAACAUCAAGAACAACAGACUGUACGUAAACGAACUCCUGCUGACUUUUUAGGUGAACAUCAGAAAUUAGUUGACUUGGAAAAGCUGAUUGAAAAAAAUCCAGCACCAAAUAAUCCAUGAUGUGGAAUUCGCUCGGACGAAACUCACAGUACAUGUUCAAGCCACCAAAUUCGGUGUUUCAAGAUGGCGACACUGAUUGAAUUAUCGUCAAUGUGCACGAACAUACGCAUGAAUAAAGUAAACAAAGCUUCUACAAAUCCAUUCACUGUUGGUUCGAAAUCUGUAACUGGUGCAGCUUGUAAUCCAUUUAUACCUAAUCAGUCAUUGAAACCAUCACUGAAUCAAUUGGCACCAGCACCGGCACCUCUGUCAGGUCCAAUUUAUCAUAACACAAUGAAUAAUCCAAUGUUCUAUCAAGUUCGACCAUAUUAUCCUGCUAGUGGUUCGGUCGCAACAGUACAACCCAAUUAUAUGGUGCCGAUCAAUACUGCAAGUGCAUGGUCCGUUAUUGAUGGCUCUGGAAAUAAUAUGAUGCAUCAACAACAGACAAGUAGUUUAAAUCCAUUUUAUUAAAGAUGAUAAUCAUGAUUAUGCAAAUGUGACUGUUAUUUCCAUUGUAGUAUCGCAUCACCAUUGGAACUUUUACUACUUUUGUUUGUGUUCAAACACUGGUUGCUUAUUCCUUCAUUGUCUCUUUCGGGUUGAUUUUUUAAGAAAAGAAAACAGUUAUUGAUCUCUAUUGCCUUCAUUUUUCUUUUAAAAUGCUAACCCCAAAGUAUCAUUGUCGUUUGACAGUUGUGUUGUUCUGUACAACAUAUACAGUACUAAUUCUUAUUGCACUCAAUCUUUCUACACUUAUUAGCUUUGAUUUUCUUCGCCUUUAUCCCUUCUAAAGACAAUCGAUUCAUAGCGUUUACUACAUAUUCUUUGUCUUGUCAAGAAUUAAGCUAUCAGGGAUCUCUCAACUCUUCCUAUUUGCAGUAUGUGAUUAUUGGCUACCAUCAACAUUUAAAUCUUGCGUAUUUAGGAUCACUGUGCUUAUGCAAAGUUUUUUAUGUGUUUUAUUCUGUUUUUUCUUCUGAAAACGAUUACACUGCUGAUGUUGUCGUUACUAUUUUGAGCCUAUUACAACACCUACUACUAUCAGUGUUAUCAAGUUAAUAUGAAAUAAAUUAUUCUCCUUAUCUUUUCUUGUGAAAAAGAAUAGUUCUCCCAUUGAGAUACAUUUUGCCGACACAGCCCCCUCCUUGAUAUCAGUGUAACACGCUUACAUAUAUUAAAAAAGAAACAUAAUUCAUUUAGUGAUAGUAAUGUACAUCGUAUGUUUUCGGAAAGAAUAAGUUCAUUCAAAGACAAGUAAUUCUACGAAUGUUACUGAACCACCAGUUGAAUGUUAAAUAAAAUUGUGAAAUGCCAUUCAAUUAUAUAUAUAUAUAUAUAUAUAUAUAUAUAUAUAUAUAUAUAUAUAUAUAUAUAUAUAUAUAUAUAUAUAUAUAUAUAUAUAUAUAUAUAUAUAUAUAUAUAUAGCAGUUCACUCUAUGUUUAUUUGUACUAUUAUUUCCUCUACUGAUAUUUUCACUUGAAUUCUCAUUCUUGUUUCUGCGCUCUUUUUCUAAAUCACAAUAAAUGACUGGUUCAAAAUGUUAAUUAUUUGUGUCACAACAACAACUACUACUAAUAUUGAUAAUCAUGUAUUGAUUUAUUGACUGAUCAAUAAUUUCAUCUGAUUUCUUUACUAUCAUUGUUUACAUCCUUACUAAUCCUUUUACAAUUAAACGCAGUCAAACUAUUUUCUGUUUGACUGUACACAUUGUGUGGAAAAAAUACUUGUACUUUAUUUCUUUAUCGAUCAACAGUGAUUUGCUUGUUAUUACCUACCAUAUAUAUUUGUGAUUACGGAUGCAAUUAUACCUGUUCCAUGCAUACCUACAUGUUACUACUGAUGUUUAAUAAUAAUGAUAAUCGUUCGAUUGUUAACUAGUUUGUGCAAACAUUUAAUUCUAAAACUAAUACCUAAUAUCUAUUAGGUACUAAUAGCCAACGGCUAACUUUAUGGACGUAUAGUGAGACGACUCAAGAAUUAUUGAUCACUAAGGUGCCAAGUCUAAUAUUUCCUGUCCAGCUUGGGUCCAAUGGGUUUCACUUAUUCCGAAAACCUUCACGUGGUAUCCUCAUUUCCGCAGUUAUUUGACUGGUCCUCCAAGUCUCCCACAUUUUCUGAACAUUCUAUGUACCUAUAUUAUUUGUUGAUCAGGUUACCAGAAGAAUCAUUGGUCUCCUGACUUCCGAAGGAUCUAGGCAUUCACCGUAAGGCGUUAUAAUUCUUCUAAAUGAAGAUCCUCCAAUUCCCAAAGGAGGGUUUAGAUGGAUUCAUGUUGUUUACUACGAGAUGAGGUUGCUGACCGUAUGUACAACCCUCUAUCCAGGCUUGAAACAGGCAGUAACCCUAGAAAGGUGAUCUACUAAAAUUCUUAAAAAACCUUAUAAGAUGAGAAGGUUGAACAGGAUUUUCUUGUUCAUGCAUGUUUCAAGCUUCUCUGUACGAUUAGUGACAGUUUUCGGACUGCUGAAACUAUGAGAACUAACUUUUUGGUCGGUUUAUACUCAAAUACUUCGAAGUAUGACUGUUUUGACUAGUCCGAUAUAUAAUCGAAUUACUUCUGGAGCCACCAAUGUCCCAUCCUAACCAGACAGAAUAUUGUUCGUGGAAUCAUAAAUUAGUUCAAAAAUGGUUUACAAUCACGACGAGAUUAAAAAUUUUGUCAUAAAAUAAUUGUCUGAUAAAUACACUUUUGGUAAGCAUACUAAAUAAAUAAUCACAAGAUAAAUAAUUCACUCCCAUCAUCUUCAUUUUCAAACACUCAGAUGAAUGUAUUCUGUACAAUAAUACCACUUAUCGACAAGUUUUCAUUUUCAAUGAAAUAGUUUCUUACCACAAAAUACUACUUAAUUAUUUUGCAAAUUGAUUCAGUUCACCUGUCACUUUUCAUUUUAUGCCAUUUACCUUAUUAGCAUAAUUAAGCACAAAAAUAAACUCUAAAGAGGAAGAAUGUAUUUGUAAAAUCUCAGAG